AUGCCUCCGCCCUGUCCCAAUCUUUACCCCCGGUACUUCCCGCGCCUCUUCUUUUGCAUCGACCAGUGUAGUGAAUUCAGUCAACUGUAUCGCCAGCUCCUCAAUUACUUGGGUUUCCCUCCAGCCCGAGCCGAGAACAUAGCAAUAGGCCACUUCUGCCGCAUUCUGGCCGAGUUCUCUCUCGAGUACCGCACCACACGAGAGCGAAUUCUCGAACAGAACGCCAAGAAAGCAAAUGACCAGGAGCGCAGACAGACUCGCGGCAAGCUCAUCGACGACGUAAGUCGACCAAAUAUAGUCCUCGUCCUUCUCUCCUCCUGCCUUCUUCGCUCCCCCCUGGUCCUCACCAUGGACGAGGGGUUUGUAAUUGUCGCGCAUAACGUGCCAAAAAUCCGCACAGCUCCACCAGUAUCAAAGCAGCAAGCGGCAGAUGAUAUGGAAUUACGGCAGGUGCUUUCAAGUAGACGCGAGUCUAGUGAGUCUUCUUAUUCCUUCUUGCCUCGAUUGGGACCGAACACUCGUCGCAUGUGUAGUAGCUCGACUCUCCUCGCCAACUCUAAGCGUCAUCGUGAGCGCGGUAUGAGCCCCUGCCUGCCCAGCUCAGUGCUGGAUGUGACAGGACGAAACGAUCGCGAACACCGCGAAGGCAGUGUCCUACUCGACGCCUGCGAUCGUGCCUCCUCCCUCGCUCCGUCUGGAGGCACACUUGGCCGACGUGGUCCUUCCAAAGAGCGUCGCCGUGUGCAAGAGCGUACUCGGCAAGCCAACGACGAAGACCUCAUCUCUAGCAUCAUAGAGGCCUUAGAGAAGUAG